ACCCCUUCUCUCUUCUCGCUGUAUCGCCUCUAUACACUAGAAUAAUUAGAAGCGUGCUUUUAAUCCCGGAAGAAAAUGACUAUUCCCAAAUUAUCCCGUGGACCGUUUCCUUUAUUAUUAUUAAAGAAGCUUGGUGCCCAAGCUCAAGGAAAAUCUUGAAAAAAUUUCUGAUCCUCAAGAUCACAUUAGAUUUCAGAUUCCUCUUCCUCUUAGUGGAAUAAGUGUACUUUCUAUUUUGUAUAUCGUUCUUUCUCUCUUCAUAAGAUACAGGUAUACAUACACUUACAUUACCUUUGUCCUAAUCACCUAUCCUAAUCGAGUCGACUUACAACUUUUACUUUACGUGCCAGUCAAGUGAUCCACGCCAAGUAAAAGAAAACCGAAUCUCAAAAUAUUUAACCGGCACUUUCAGCUACAAGCCAAAACAUACAUAAUAGAGUAUCGCGCAAACAGAGAUCUCCCUCAUCCAGUCAACAUGGACGAGGUCGAUCGCGAGCUCAUUCGGGCUGAGCAAGACGCCCAACAACACAUAUCUCCCACCAGCGAACACCCUCCUCGUCGCGCUAGCAAUGAAGUCGAGCGAGUUAUAUCAGCUUCAUCCGUCUCUACAGAUUCCAGUGAACACCUAGCGCAAAGGCGAACGGGAGGCAUGAGCCGUGUGCCGACAUCACGAGACCUCGAACGACAUCCCACAGAACUUAGCCGUAUCAACACCGCCCGAAGCCAACACAGCGCCACCGUCGGACGAAGUCUCAGGAGCCGCGAGUCUAGGAGGCCGUUACCUGCGUUCGGCGCUGGAAAACCAUUCCCGCCUCCUCUACCAAAUCAGGAAGAAUAUGUCGUCGAGUUCGACGGCCCAGACGACCCAUACCAUGCGCAGAACUGGUCGCUUAAGAAGAAGCUGCUUACAGCUGCCAUGCUUGGUUAUACCACCAUGACAUCCGCAUUCGCAUCCAGUAUUUUCUCAGCCGCCACACCGUAUGUGGCUAAAGAAUUCAACGUCAGUUCAGAAGUCGGCUUAUUAGGUGUAUCGCUAUUCGUCCUUGGUUUUGCAACUGGCCCAACAUUCUGGGCACCUCUAUCUGAAUUAAAGGGACGACGCCUGCCGAUUGUAACCGCUAUGUUCGGAUUCUCAGUUUUCUCUAUCGCAUGCGCUACGGGCAAGGACUUACAGACGAUUCUGAUCUGCCGUUUCUUCGCUGGUUUCUUCGGUGCUUGUCCCUUGGCCGUCGUCGCUGCUGUCUUCUCCGAUAUGUUCAACAACGCUACUCGAGGAGUGGCGAUUACGCUUUUCUCCAUGGCCGUAUUUACAGGACCUUUGCUUGCGCCCUUCGUUGGUGGUUUCAUCGUCCAAUCGUAUCUCGGAUGGCGCUGGACUAUGUACAUUGCCAGCAUCAUGGGCUUUGUUGCCUUCGUCCUCGAUUUGUUCUUCCUGAGCGAGACUUACCCGCCCGUGAUCCUAAUCGAGAAAGCUGCCGAGCUACGUCGCCGUACAAGGAACUGGGGUAUCCAUGCGAAGCAAGAGGAAAUCGAGGUCGAUCUCAAAGAGCUGGUUCAGAAGAACUUUACUCGUCCUAUGCGACUUCUGUUCACUGAGCCGAUCGUCCUUCUCUUGUCCAUCUACAUGGCCUUCAUUUACGGACUGCUGUACCUCUUCCUAACGGCCUAUCCGCUCAUCUUCCAGGGUGUUCACCACUUCAACGCCGGUCAAUCUGGUCUGACCUUCUUCGGGAUGAUUACCGGUCAGCUCCUCGCGGGUCUCGUAGUGCUGCUUGACCAACCUCGAUACCAGCGCAAGCUUGCGGCUAACAAUGGAGUGCCCAUCCCCGAAUGGCGUCUUCCCAUCGUCAUUGCCGGCGGAGUAUCAUUCACUGGAGGUAUAUUCUGGCUUUCCUGGUCUGGUUAUCGUGCCGAUGUCCACUGGAUCGUCCCAGCUGCAUCGGGUAUUCUAACUGGUUUCGGACUCAUGGGUAUCUUCCUUCAAGCUCUCAACUACCUUGUCGACGCCUAUCUUAUGUUCGCUGCAUCCGCCAUUGCAGGUAAUACGUUCCUCCGAUCCCUCUGCGGUGCCGGAUUUCCUUUGUUCGCAAGUUAUAUGUUCAAUGGCAUGGGCAUCCAAUGGGCGGGCACCCUACUAGGUUGCUUUGCCGCCUUACUUGUGCCUAUUCCGGUCAUCUUUUACCUAUACGGCCACAAGAUUCGGGCUAAGAGUAACUUCGCGCCAACGCUCCCUGGAAACAUGCCGGGUGCUGCCUCCAGCUCUAGUAACGACACGGCAGUUGACAGGGAGGAUGUUGUGGACCAUGCCGCCGCGUCAAAUGUCCCCAAAACAAACAUUGAGACCGAAAAGGCCUAAGCGUAUUUUCUAAUAUCGGUUUUCUUAGGAUUUAAAAAAAUAAAGGGGGAAGGAGAAGGAUUGGUCAACAGGAUUAUGCGACCAAGCUUAGAUUUAUAGACAUUAUACGAAGAGGAUCGCGCGCACGAAUGAUGCGGUCCAACACAACGGUGGAAUUAGGAAGAUAACACUUGUUAGAUGACAUGUAGUUACUUUACCCCAUAAACUCGAUAGUAAAGAGUUAAUUAAUAUGAUAAAAAUUGUUGAAC